AGCCAGGCGACGAGCGGGCUCGUCGACGCCACUAAACUCUUUUUGUUAUUUUGUGUGUUCGUGCUUUAGUGACUCAAAGCCAGUCCAGCUCAAUGCCUGGCCCUCUGCCCUCCCUCUAACUAAUUAUCUCGCCUGAUUUAGUUGCUUUUGCAGCCUGAGAUUGAUUCACUUCCCUGUGGCUCCGUUGCGUUGCGUUGAGUUGAGUUCGAGUUUGAGGUGGAGGUUGCGUCUACGGCGAAGAGAGUAUGUUGAGCCCGUGACGAGGAGGUUGUUUGUUUGCAAGGAGUACAGCAGUGAAGUAUUCUUCUUCAUGGAGAUUGCUGUGUGCGCUUCGCUGCAGGCGACUGUGCGCCCCGCCCGGGCAUGGUGCUGCGGAAUUGCAGGUCUUCGGGAGGUGCAAUUGGUGCGAGUUCGGAAGGAGAGGCGGGGCGACGCGGUGCUUGGAAGACGUGGGAAUGGAUUGGAGAGGCGGCAACAGCUGUGGAUUGGUGGGGUAGCGAGGACGGGAUGGGGUUAUGGAUGGGGAACUGGACAUGGUCGGGGAAGGGUGAGGAGUAUGGUGGUGGUGGCCACGUCGAGGUCGGCCGAGGGGACGGCUGUGGAGGAAAGAAAUGGAAGUGAAGCGGGAAUUGGCUGGAGUUUGGAGGAAUUGGCGGAGGGGAGAGGGGUUGAUGAGCAAGGGAAGAGAUUAGUGCACGCAUUACGCGAGUCUGCGAGUGUGAUUUUGGCCGAGUUGGAGAAGCGGAAGUCGCUCGCUAGCACGUCAUGGUUCCCCCCCAAUUGGUUCCCUGCGGACAAGAAUGCGUGGAUGAAGUCUUUGUCUUAUCAGUCUGCAGUGCACGCACUCCUUAAAUCAGUUAUCGACAUUGCUGCCCAAGGUCAAGUGGGGAAUCGAAGUGUCCGUGUGUUUGUAAUACGCAGGCUACUGGAGGUUUCAUCUCCACUAGAAGAUUCGAUCAGACAUGAGUUGUCAUCUAGAGAUCCUGCUGCUGAUGACUGGCUUUGGUUACAACAGCAUCCACUUACAGUGUCGAAUUUCGUCAGUAUUCUGGAAGGCGGAAAUCAGUUAAACACUACCUCCACAGUUGAUGAAUCAACCCCAUAUAUUGGGGGUGACGUGGAGCUUUUGAAAUUUGCUCUCAGCAUGACUUCAGCAUUGCUGAUGCUGGGUUCCGCUCCAGUUUCGAACCCUUUAUUCUCGUCAGCUCUUGUACAGGGGAUCUUUGAUCUCAUGGAGAAGCUACAAGAGAGCAUUUCAAUGAAUCAGGUCUAUCAGUUCUGCUGGGAUGUCGGAUUGAAGCAAGAGUUUUUGGAAAAAUUUGGUCAUCAAGCAGCAGAUGAUAAUAAAUGGCGGGAUGCUGCAGAAGGAGAGUUCUGGGUAUACCUUGUUCAUCAGCUACUUCGGGAAGCUCUUAUUAGGGAGGGUGUUAGGUUAAGAAUUGAAUCUCGAGAUUCCAUUGAGAUACUUGAAAAAGAUUUAGCAGUCUUCGGCUUUUUUGCCGUCUUAGGAAGAAGGACUCGUGCGUAUUUGGCAUCUAAAGGUGUUAGUGUCUCAGAGGAAUCUCUCGAAAAUCUACUUAGAUAUUUGGAAGGUGGAAGCGUUCUUUUCUAUCCCCAAUUGGCGAAAAUACCUGUCUACCAACUCUUUAUUGAGGUAGUUUGUGAGGAGAUGGAGUGGCUUCCGUUUUAUCCAGUGAGUGCAACGGCUGUGAGUCUCGACGCUCACGAAGAAGAUAGCGAAGUGAAAUCUCGAGUGGGAAAAGUGGAGAAGCUGCUCGCAAUCGCUGUAUCUGCCCAGGUCUGCUCGCUAUGGGUUAAGAACUUUGUUGAGCACAAUGUGUGGAUACGACAACCUGAAGGAACUCGAGCCGCAACAUUCCUGUUAAAGAGUCAACAACGCUUGGAUGAGUGCAAUGAAGUCUACGAGCUUGUGAAGCGCAGCGGAAAAGAUAACAUCUUUUGGAAUGGAGCAGCUGAAGCCGGAUAUAUGGAUCGAUUGAUUUAUCAGGGCCUGCAAGAGAGAAGUUUAGAGAAGACCAUCAUCAAUGAGGCCGGCAGAUUUCGUCCAGAUAUACGACCUUCAAGUACAAACGAACAGCUUGCAGUAGAGCGGGAAAAUUUACAGGAGGUGGAGCAACUAUUAAAAUCAGUAGACAAGGAAAUGCAAACCGUGAAUAUUGCCUUGGCGAAAUUGGAAUUGCUCGUCAAAGAACUGGAGGUUACUAGCUCGGCAGAAAGUGAACGAUCUCGCGAAGAUCUUGAUAAGAUCAAGUCAUUGAAACAAGAUGUCGAAGUUUUUAGGGCUUCUCUUAAGUCGGAAGCGUCUGCCAAGGAAAUGAGAAUCUUGGAGCUUCAGGCUGAGCUAGAGAUGUUUGCAAGUAGCAAAAGUCAACCUCAGGUCUUAAAUUUGCGAGACCGUUAUUUGGGGACUACUACAGACGAUAGUAGUUUACAGUUUCAAAGAAGGAGGAGCGAAGUCUCAGAGGACAAGAUAAAAGGGGAGGCAAUUAUUGUAGAAGGAAAUGGAGCAGCAAAGAGUGCUAAGACAUUUGAGCUGUUGAUGACUGAAUUGGCUGAGUUAGAGUUUCGAAUUCAACAAUCUGUUGAUCAAUCAGCCUCCCUGCGGUCAUUGACAGAGGAGGAAUGGAAUAGGGCAUCUGUGUAUGAUAUUACCACAACAACUGCCUUGGCUAGGAUAAAUGAGAAUGUGGAUCUUACUGAACAUGGUUUCUUCGCCAAAUCGAUUGAAAAGCUGAAAAGUGCUACUCUCGAUAUAUGGAGGGGCUCAUGUUUGUUGGGUACAGACGUAGGAGUCUCUUUGGUUCUUCUGAGACGGAAAGUGUUGGGCCAAAAUCUUACCAGUCGCGAGAAGAAGAUAUUGAAACGCACAGUUACUGACAUGGUGUCUGUUGUACCCAUUGGCUUUCUUAUGCUUUUGCCCGUGACUGCUGUUGGACACGCAGCAAUACUAGCUGCGAUUCAGAAAUAUGUUCCUGGUUUGAUUCCAAGUGCUUAUGGACCUCAGCGAUUAGACGUAUUGCGCCGACUGGAGCAACUACGAAAAAUGGAACCUGAGUCUCCAGAACCAGUAGAUCUGUCGUCUUCGAGAAAUCUGGAUAGCUCUUUGCGCAAGGAAGUGGCAUAAAAGACAGACGGAUGAACACCAGAAUACAUUUGGAGUUGUACACGUAUUGAGAACUUGCUGCUGCGGCAAGAUCCAUUUUGUUACCUUGUCAUUUUUGUUAUUUAAAGACGAAACCCUUCAUUUAGAUAGUUUAGGUAGCGCUACACCCACCCAAUUGUGAUUUUUAAUUUAGUGUAAAGUGGCCAAACUCUUGCCUGUGUAACAUCAAAGUGUACAUGAUUCAACAGAAGAAACUACUCAGGGUAAAUGUUCCCUUCGGGCGAAACGGAUAGCUCUGGUGUUAUCUUCUACCAUGCUAUUCUUCUGUGCUUCUACACCUGUAAAGACUUAAUCUUUGAAUGAGUUGCUUAUUAAUGCCUA